GUCAUUUCAUCAGAGUAGUUUCAUUCCUCAUCCCAGCAUCAUGACAGGCAGAGGGAGACCACGCAAGGCUGCGACUCCUAAAACCGAUUGUGCCAAGGGCAAAACCACAACUGCAGAAUAUCCAGAGAAUGGCUUUACAGAAGAGAAGCACAAUGCUACAACCACGGAACAGAAACCAAAGGGAAGGAACCAGAAAACACCAAACAGCACGAAUGAGAAGUCAUCGGAGCAGAGCAGUCAAAAGAAAAAGACAAAAAACUUCACAGAGGAGAUCAACAAGCCACCGACAGACGACACAAAGGCUCCUUCACGAGGUUCAAGAGCCACAACCGGUGCUGGCAAAUCAAAAGAGAAAUCUGAGGUGGAGCUAACGAAACCACAGCCAGAGACACCAAAGGACAAAACACAAGACUCCGCAACGGCUACAAAACCAAAGAAACGUCCUGGCACAGCCAAAUCAGAGGAGAAGACAAAGACGACACAGCCAGAGGACACCACCAAGACUUCUAUAAAGUCCACAAAACCAAAGACCUGGGCUGGCAAAGACAAAUCAAAAGAAAAAUCUGAGGUGGAGCUAACGAAACCACAGCCAGAGACACCAAAGGACAAAACACAAGACUCCGCAACGGCUACAAAACCAAAGAAACGUCCUGGCACAGCCAAAUCAGAGGAGAAGACAAAGACGACACAGCCAGAGGACACCACCAAGACUUCUAUAAAGUCCACAAAAACCUGUGCUACAGUGGACUCUCUUCUCUCCACAACUCUGGAAACUUUGAAGAUUAAGAAGAGAGACAAAUCAGACACAUCAGAAGUCGUCAAUAACUUGAUAAAACACAUAAUCAAGCAUUUAAAGAAGAACACUUGCUGCUUUACAACAGCAGAGCCACUAAAAACUGGAAGUUACUAUGAGAAUUUAAAAAUUUCUAAACCUGAUGAGUUUGACGUCAUGCUGUCCAUCGAAGUUGACCGGGUGAAAAUUGAACCAUUUGGAGAUAACAGAGCCUUUUACAGUGUGGCUUUAAAACGUGGCAAUAACCCACUGAAGAAAUUUCAGGACGACGACAUUUUAUGUGCCAGUGAAAUGCUGACAGAGUUCAGGGACGAGGUGAAGAAGUGCGUCAAGGCUUUUCCAGAUUGGACGGUGACAAGAAAGAAGCCUGGCUGUCCUGCAGUGACCCUGACGACUACAGUUCAGUCUGUGAUCAUCUCCCUGGAUGUUGUUCUCAGCAUCAAGGUCCGAACAAGCUGGCCAGCUUUUACCCAACAGGGCUUUCAAAUCCAGGGCUGGCUGGGGACUAAAGUGAAGCAGGAUUACAAGAGACAGCAAUAUUAUCUUGUCCCAAAAUACGAAGGCAGGGGAGCAGUCGAGCAUGACGGCGUUUUAGCUAAAGAUGCUUGGCGGGUUUCAUUCUCGCAUGUUGAGAAGGGCAUUCUGUUGAAUCACGGCUCGGAGAAGACGUGCUGUGAAAGAGAAGGCCAACGCUGCUGCAGGAAGGAGUGUUUAAAGCUCCUGAAACACCUUCUCAGUCUGCUGAAAGAAAGAGAGGCUUCAUUUGAGAAGUUCUACUCCUACCAGGCCAAGACCACCCUGCUCCACGCCUGCAGCUCUAGAGGAAAAGACAGUGACUGGAGCGCCUCCAGUCUGAGCCGCUGCUUUCUGCAGCUGCUGGAGGACUUUAUGGGACAUCUGGAAAGAUGUGUUCUCCCCAACUUCUUCAUCCCAGAUCAGAACCUCCUCUUCGGCAUUGACAAGACGAAGUGCCUUCGCCUGGCUCGCUGUAUCAAGGAGGAAUGUGACAACGGCUUUCCUAUUUUCAGACUCAACUGAUUCUCACUUCUAAUUAAUAAAAUUAUCAAGCAUUUGUCUCUUUUAGCUGUUUCUAUCUUUCACGGUCAAUAUUUUUGUGUGUGAUGAAAACUGAUUUUUAAGCUGUAUUAUCGAACUGAUUGUUUGCCUUCAAAUCUUCAUUUAUGUUGCAAAAGGUGCCAUAAAAAUGAUUAUAUUAUUAGUAUUUUGAGAAAGUACAAAUACCGUGUUCAACCGAUAUGAAUUUUCUAUUAAAUUUAAUUAUUCUUCUGCUUUACAA